ACUGUGUCACGUCAUCCUCGCCGCUGGGUUUCAUUCAUUGGAAAAACUCGCCAUUUUGCACUCCGCCGAAGAAAUUGUACAGAAGUGAGAAAUUCUACCGAGCGAAUCGGUUUUUGUGCGUUAUAAAACAUCCAUCAGACGACGCGUAAAGCAGAAUUGUGUUUAAAGGGUUUAACAGUACUGUUUGUGCUAGCGGAUUAAGGAGUUUCAAUCGAGGCGUGUGGAUUUACAAUUGUGGGAAAAAGUGAUCAUUUGCUCCGGUUGUGCGUGUGCCAGCGCUUGGGUCAAGAGUUGCCGGGUUGGCGCUACGCAAGAGGGCACACUUUCAUUGCCUUCCCAUUCUAGCAAAUUUCACUUGUGACGUGCAAUAAGUGUGCGUGUUUGGUUUGCGGUGGUUGAUUAGUGUUGGUGCGUGUGCAUUCGUGAUAUCCCCCCUUAGCUCGCCGUAGUUAAUUGGUGUGUUGCCGUUGGAAACGGAUUAAAUUACAGGAAAUAUAAAAUGGAUAUGUCUGGGCCCCCAAGAGGUGGAUAUCGAGGACGCGGAGGACCUCCUCGCGGUGGCUUUGGCGAUCGUGGACGAGGCCGUGGUCGCGGAGGUCCCAGUAUGGGCCGCAUGAUGGGUGGCCCGCCAAUGAUGCGUGGCCGCGGUAUGAUGCGUGGUGGCCCACCCCGGGGAAUGGGUGGUCCCAUCCGGGGAGGACCCAUGAUGUCACGUGGAGGUCCCUACGGUGGACGCCCUCCAAUGGGUGGUGGCAUGCGCAACAGUUAUCAAUCUUCAGUUUCGAACGGUUCCGGUCCGCCUCCGUCCUCAACAUCCGAAAAUGGCGGCGAAUUGAAAACGGCGGACACCACCUCGGCAAAGCCCGUGCCGACCACGAGUGGCAGCACACCCACUUCCACGUCCAAUGCCGCGGCAUCUUCGACGGCUGUUAAAUCAGGUGCUCCUGUAGCUUCACAGGUUCCCAGCUCCGAGACGGGCCGAGUUACGCCUCCUCAGCCGAUCAAGACGGCAGACUCUAGCAGUCUGUCCCACCAUAGGGAAUCACAGGAUUCGUCCAUCCAGUCGACUGGUGGUUCAUACCACUCAUCCUCGCGUGGAAUGGGACCCCGUGGAGGGCGAGGAGGGUACAUGCCCCGUGGUAUGGGACGAGGACGUGGCGGAUACGGUGGUGGGUAUGGUGGAGGUUACGAUGGACCCAAACCGUAUCGCGGUGGGAUGGGAGGUCGGGGCCGCGGCGGAUACGGUGGAGGACCGGGAGGAUAUGGAGGUCAACCAAGCUAUAAUAGUGGAUAUAAUAGUGGGUAUAAUAGUGGACCACCUCCGUCGUACAAUCAGAUGGGUGGUUAUCAAGGUGGUGGCGGCUAUAAUCAAGGACCACCUCCUCGGCAGCAAUUCGACACUCGACAACCAUCGAACACGACAACGGUAACGCCAAUAAAGCGAGGUGGAAUGCCUGGUGGCAUUCCUCCAGGACCCAAAAGAGGUCGCUAUGAUUCUGGACCACCCAGCCGAGCCCUUCCACCGAAAAGUAUGCCUCCACAUCAUGGUGCAUCGGCACCUGUUUCGUCAUACAGUGCCCCACCCACGAUAGCCGGUCAUGGAGGUUAUGCAGAACACAGUCAUCCCCCGGCAAGCGUGGAACAAUAUGGAACACACGGAACCGCCGGUGCUACCGGUUAUGGAACUGCUGGGACGGCACAGGGCGGUUAUGCAGCAAAUGGCUACGGCCAAAGUUCAUACGGUGCUACAACGAUUCCAUCCACAGGUUACGCCACUGGGUCCGAAUACGAUACGAGUCAUUACGAUUACAGCACCGGAACGUACGACACUCGCUAUCAAACUGGCUACUCCCAAGACUACAGCCAAUCGUACGGUACCACAACAGAUUACAGCACAGUACCCGCAGAAAGUUAUUCUAACCAACAGUAUGACGAUCGAUCCGGAAGUUACGCUGGAUACGACGCGCAAGCCUAUUCACAAGGCUACGCAAAGACCGAUCAGUACGCUCAUGGUGGUUAUUACUAAGAGACAAACAGAGAGAGAAAAAGUAAGAAAGUGUGUGCGUGUGUGUAAAACAGAAAGAGAUACAGCGAGUACUUUAAAGCAGAAAAGUAAAUCCAAAACACUAUUCAUACUAUCUAGCGAAUAGUAUCGGGAAUGAGCCCAACAGCAAACCCAAACGUAUUAUGCAUGAUACGGAGAUCUUGCACUGCAAGGCGCCAGAAACCUACAGCGGCUGGGCAGCAUUAGAAAUGCGAAAUAAUGAACGAACCGAAACCAAAACUACAACACCCACUGUUCUGAUAAACAAGCGAGAUAAAGAUGAAAAAAGGUGAUGAUUUUCAGCACAUGAUGAAGCAGACAAACAAGUAGUAAUAUUUAACUAUAACUGCAUAUUGGAGUAGUAGUUGUCGUUGUAAAGUGGCAUACUUUUUUUUCCAAUUUUACGUGAUAACGGAAUUCUGCUAACUUCGGCACUAUUUGAAUCUAGUUUUAAUCAACUGUCUGAUGCAAAAUGAAAUUGAGAGAUAUAAAUAUAAAGUAAUAAAAAAAAUGGAACAAAAAACAUUUAUUUCGUAGGUAUUCAUCGUAGAGUUGAACUACACUAAUCAUAUAUCAUGCUCUCAAAACAUUAAUCUAUCAAUAAAGAACAACAUUAAAUGUGUA